GCCGGUUCAAAACAGCCAUUGGCACAAAGGAGAUCCAAAUACUGAACUGCUAUGGCACGGAGCGACGGAUAUAUCCCCAUUACUGGCUCAGCAGCCGAAACACACCAAGGUUUGUAUUCCAUGGCAACCCGGGCGAGAUUACGUGAUGGCUCCCUUGGCCAUUGCCAGCUGGAUUCACCCUGUCGCCAUCUCGGGGCAGCCCAUGCAUGUUGGUCGCAAGCCGGCACGCCAUGUUGCACAGAUAUUGGCUCAUCGGACACAUGCAUGGCGACAGCAGGGAGCCGUUUCUAUCUUUGGAAAGAUGGAGUAUGUCGAUUGCAAAGAUGCCCACCACUCUCGCCUCAUAUGAAGGGAGUCGCCGGUUGUCGAUCGCCAUUGCAAGCUGUAUUC